GCCAUGAGUUCAUUGGCGUUUUCUUUCGCUUUGGCAUUGCUUUCCCUUGUUCCUGGCGUUCUCUCAGGUUCCUAUGGAAUCCCUUUUGUUCCUGCGACAUAUGACUAUGUUGUCGUCGGCGGUGGAACCUCAGGUCUUACCCUAGCUGCAAGACUAGCUGCUAAUUCCUCCAUUUUGGUCGCUGUCGUGGAAGCUGGCGGAUCCUACGAGACUCUGAACCCACUCAGCGACAUUCCAGGUUUUGCUGCAAUUCAAGCAACAGGAACGGAUCCAUCUGAUACAGAUGUGAUCGACUGGGGAUUCGUGACGACACCUCAAGCUGGCGCUGCGAAUCGAAAGAUGCAUUAUGCUCGGGGCAAGUGUCUGGGUGGAAGCUCUGCACGCCAUUUCCUGGUCUAUCAUAGAGGUACGAAAGGUUCAUAUCAGAAAUGGGCGGACCAAGUUGGAGAUGACAGCUACGCUUGGGACAACUUCCUCCCAUACUUUGAGAAGAGCUGCACGCUCACGCCUCCGAACACCACCAAGCGAUUCGCGAAUGCCACCGUAACGUACGAUGCCAACGUAUUCGACAACUCCUUAGGCGGUCCCCUCCAGAUUUCUUGGCCAAACUGGGCAUCUCCACUAUCAUCAUGGGUUGAAAUUGGUCUCGCAGCAAUUGGCGUCAAAUCAGGCAACGACCACAAUAGCGGGAGUCUGACCGGAUCAUCUUGGAUCGCGAGCACGAUCAAUCCCAAUGGCGAAGCACGCGACUCCUCAGAGACAAGCUUUCUCAAGCAAGCGAUGGCGAAUACCAAUAUCACAGUCUACAGUCUUACUAUGGCCAAGAAGAUUCUUUUCAAGAGCACCAACAUCGCCAGCGGCGUACAGGUCGAGCAAGCCGGUGCCAAAUGGACGCUCACCGCUCGCAAGGAAGUCAUCAUCUCCGCCGGUGCUUUCCAAUCGCCCCAGCUUCUCAUGGUCUCUGGAAUCGGACCGCGCGCAACACUCGAAGGGCUUGGUAUCCCCGUCAUCUCAGAGCUUGCUGGUGUCGGCCAAAACAUGUGGGACCACGUCUUCUUCGGCACCGUCAGUCGCAUUGGCGUCACGACGGCGUCUCGCCUUACCAACGACGUUGCCUACGCCGCGCAGGCCGUUGUCGACUACGCCUCCGGCACCGGUCUGCUGACUGCGAACGGCGUCGGAGUCAUUGGCUGGGAAAAGCUUCCUGACAGCGUACGCAGCGGCCUCAGCAGUGAUACAAUAACCGCAUUGAACACGUUCCCCUCCGACUGGCCCGAAGUCGAGUAUAUGGCGUUAGACGGCGUCCUCGGAUACUGGCGUAACGCGCUGAACCAGUUUGUCGACAGCUCUCAGUACGGCUCUGUCGGCGCAGCUCUCGUCGCGCCUCUCUCUCGCGGGAACGUCACCAUCACCAGCACAGAUACAAAAAUCGCGCCUGUCAUCAACCCGAACUGGCUCACCCACCCCGCAGACGUCGAAGUCGCCCUUGCGGCCUUCAAGCGCACGCGCGAGGUGUGGGAUAACGUGGCCGUUCGCGGGACCGAGUAUCUCCCCGGCUCAAAUGUGACAAGCGAUGCGGAUCUUCUUGAUUUCAUCCGUAACAGCGCUCUUCAGGUCUGGCAUGCGUCUGCAACGUGUGCGAUGGGGAAGUCUGGGGAUCCGAAGGCUGUGGUUGAUUCGACUGCGAAGGUGUUUGGGGUUAAGGGAUUGCGGGUGGUAGAUGCGAGUAUAUUUCCGCUGCUGCCACCGGGACAUCCGCAGAGCACGUGUUAUGCACUUGGGGAGAAGAUCGCGGAUGAUAUUUUGAAGGGGCGGUGAGGGAUUGCUGGUGUGAUGGGAAGGGAUAUAAAUCUUUUUUUUACAUACCUGGUGCCUCGAGCUGAGGGCUGAGCUAAACUACAGGGAGAGCGGCUCCGUCAGGCGGAAGCGGCUUCGUCGACUGCCCGACCGAAACUCAGCUUUAAGUCCUUUCAGACUGCUCCUGCGUUGUCUUGUCUAUUCCAUCUUAUCUGAAUUCCUGAAAACACAACAAAGGACCUCAGACAGUGGUACGGAGGAGUGCACAAACCUUUGUCUAGGCACUGCAUCGCGGGAUCGACGAGAAAGUUGAACGUUGAUCGCCCUCGGACCUUUUACCUCGCAAUGCUGCCCAUACAUGCCAGAUAACGCAUUAGCGGAUCCUAAGUGGUGUUAAAAAAGUGUACAGAGGGCUAUCUU